GUUCAACCACACCUCUCUGCACGUCGAACAAUUUACAGACAGAACAAAAUGAAGGCACCAUCGCCCCUCUGCCUGCAUUCCCUCCGUCUCCUAGCCUUCCCCUGCUCCCGCGAGUCCACCUCAUACCUCCAACGAAGAUGCUACGCCUCCAUCCCCGACAAACCACCACCACCACCCACAUCCCACGGGCCUCCAACCCUCCGCAACCCCGCCAUCCAACGCCCCCCACCACGCCCCGGCUCCUACCUCCGCAGCAAACGCGACGACGACGAAGAAUUCACCCCGCAACCCCUCUCGCGGCCCAUAGGGAUGCCGCAACCACCCCAACCAGGGGAAAACAGCGGUCUCGACCAACGCACGCUGCGCCAGAAGCGCGACGAUUUCGUCGAUUACGAUAAACACCUUGCCAAGCGCGCGAGCAUGAAGCAGCAGAUUAUCAAGCCUUACUUUCGCGAUUGGAGUAAUAUGCGCUUUCACAAGGGGAAGGUGUUUGUUGCUAAUGAGCUGCUGUUUCGUGCGAGGCAUGCGUUGUUUUUCCCGAAUUUCUUUGGGCGGACGUUAAACAAGGGUGCUGGGGCUGCUUUGGAGACAGCGGGGGAUGGGUAUGGGGGCCUUGGGAGGGAUACGUGUGAGGCGAUGGCGGGGAAGGUCAGUGUGGUUAGUGUGGUGUCGAAUGCGUGGGCGCAGGGUCAGGUGGAUACAUUCUGCGGAGCGAAAGAGAAUGCGAAGCUGGUGGAGGUGCUCGAGGGGGCGAAGGAUGUGGCCCAGAGGGUUGAGAUCAAUUUGGAGGACAAUUUGUUGAAGUGGUGGGUGCUGAGGUUGUUUGGGUUGGCCCGGUUGAGGAGAGAGAGGAGCUUGGAGCAGCAGGGAAGGUACUUCCUUGUGCGGCGGGGAGUGAGCGACGAGAUGAAAGAGGGCAUCGGCUUGUUGAACGACAAAGGCGGGUAUGUGUAUCUGGUUGACGGCGAGCACAAGAUCCGUUGGGCGGGCAGUGCAAUUGCAACCGAGACGGAGAAAGCAAGCAUGAUCGCGGGCCUCCAACGACUCAUCUCAAAAGCGAAGGGCGAGAAGAGUACAAAAGGUCAAAAACCGCGAUUGGAAGAGGCCGUGGCCGAGGUGGUUGGAGUCGAGCAAAAGACAGCCGCUGCAGGAGGCGUCUGAAUCUGAACAAACACAAUG